CAGAAAACGAAAAUAGAAACCAAAAUGGCGCCGCUGUAAAUUGCCAAUGGAUAAAGCAUGGUAAACAAGACAACAGUUAAUUUACUGAUGUUGAUAUUUUCCUCAUCCUAGAAAAGCAUUCGAAAAAAAGAAAAUUGAGCCGGAUUUAGGAAAGCCAAGAUGACCUCCAUUAUAAAGCUGACGCCAUUCUCCGGUGUUCGCGAUGAGUCUCCACCAUGUUACAUGCUUCAGGUGGAUGAGUUCAGGUUCCUUCUGGACUGUGGAUGGGAUGAGAAGUUUAACCUGGACUACAUAGAGAACCUCAAAAAGCAUGUCCAUCAGAUCGAUGCAAUGCUACUCACCUUCCCAGAUCAUCUCCACCUCGGCGCUCUACCGUACAUCGUCGGCAAAUGUGGCCUGACGUGCCCCAUCUAUGCAACCAUACCUGUGUACAAGAUGGGGCAGAUGUUCAUGUACGAUUUAUACCAAUCGAGACACAAUUCGGAGGAGUUUGACUUGUUCACAUUGGAUGAUGUGGACACUGCGUUUGAUCGGAUUAUUCAGCUCAAAUACUCACAGAGUACCAAUCUCAGAGGGAAAGGACACGGCCUGACGAUAACUCCACUGCCUGCUGGUCACAUGAUCGGCGGCACCCUAUGGAAGAUCGUCAAGGACGGUGAAGAAGAGAUAAUUUACGGAAUCGACUACAACCACAAGAAGGAGAGGCAUCUCAAUGGAUGCGUCUUGGAGACGAUUAAUCGACCGUCGCUUCUCAUCACCGAUGCCUUCAAUGCAACGUACAUACAGGCCAGAAGGAGACUUCGAGAUGAACAGUUAAUGACCAUAAUCCUAAACACAAUGAGGCGAGACGGGAAUGUACUAAUCGCAGUCGACACAGCCGGCAGGGUCGUUGAACUCUCACUCCUCCUGGAUCAAUUGUGGAGGAACACAGAAUCUGGGCUGAGUCCAUACUCCUUAGCCAUGGUCAACAAUGUCAGCUAUAACGUCGUGGAGUUUGCAAAGUCACAGGUGGAAUGGAUGAGCGACAAAGUGAUGCGAUCUUUCGAAGACAAACGUAACAAUCCAUUCCAGUUUAAACAUCUCAAAUUGUGCCACUCACUGAAAGAGCUGGCCAAAGUCCCCGAACCUAAGGUUGUUUUAGCGAGUGUACCAGAUUUGGAAUGCGGUUAUUCCCGUAGCCUCUUUGUGGACUGGUGUGAUAACCCUAAGAACAGCGUCGUCUUGACAUGUAGGAGCAGUGAAGGGACUCUCGCUCGCUCAUUCAUUGAUAACAUCCAACAGAAAGAAGUCACACUCAAGCUCAGUAAGAGAGUCAAGUUGGAUCCAGAGGAGUUGGAGGUGUACAGAAUCAAAGAAAAAGAGAGAAAGGCGGCUGUCAAACUGAAACAAGGUGCUGAGUUAGACUCUAGUGAUGAGAGCGAAGAAGAGAUGGAGAUUGGAGAUGCAGUCGGUCACAAGAGCAGCAAGAAACAAGUCCAACACGAUCUCAUGCUCAAGACUGAGAGCGGGAAGAAAGGAACAAGUUUCUUCAAGAAUGCCAAGAAGUCUUAUCCGAUGUUUCCUUUCCACGAGGAGAGAAUAAGAUGGGAUGAGUACGGGGAAUUGAUUAAACCAGAGGACUACAUGAUCACUGAGAUGAACCAAGCUGAAGAAGAGAAAACCAAAGCUGAGGAGGAUGGUUUUGAUGGAGAGGAUGUUGGUGAAGCCGGGGCAGAUAUUCCCACAAAAUGUGUCUCUCGGGAGGUGACCAUGGAGGUGAAAUGCUCGGUCAACUUUAUUGACUUUGAGGGGCGGUCAGACGGAGAGUCCAUCAAGAAACUCAUCACUCAGGUUAAGCCUCGUCAACUGAUUAUUGUACAUGGCGCUGAGGAGCCUACUCAGCAUUUAGCUGAGUACUGCAGGCUACAGUUAGCUGGAACCAAGGUAUUCACUCCGAGUAUCAAUGAGACAAUGGAUGCUACGAUGGAGAGCCACAUUUAUCAAGUGAGGUUAAAAGACUCGCUAGUCAGCUCCCUUAAUUUCUCCAAAGCCAAGGAUGCAGAGUUGGCGUGGAUCGAUGGCAUGCUUGACCUCCCCGAGUCUGCGUCUGACCUUGGGGUCGUUAAAGAACCAGAGGCUGAGGCAAAGGAGGAGGGUUCAGAAGACAAGCUAAAGGCACCAGGUUUAAGCAUCAGUAAUAAAGACAACAUUGAAGGGGAUACAGAUGAAGUGAUUCCAAUGCUAGGAGCCAUCCCACAACUAGAGGUCCCUGGUCACAAUCAAGUUUACGUCAACGCUCCCAAGUUCCAAGAUCUGAAACAAGUGAUGUCAAGAAACGGCGUACAGGCUGAGUUUACUGGUGGCGUGCUGGUCUGUAACUCUGUGGUUGCAAUUAAACGGAAUGACUCUGGAAGGAUCACGUUAGAAGGAUGCCUCAGCCCAGACUACUUUAAGGUCAGGCAACUAUUGUACGAGCAGUAUGCCAUUAUCUAAUGCAGACUAAAAGCAGCCCUCCGUAAGCUGUCUUGAGCAAGAGAUGAACUCAUGGCUGAUGCCUUUCUAUAAUUGUGACUGCAGGUUAUACUGUUUAUCAGACUACUUGGGACAAACUUUGACACAGUACUUGUUCAUAGUUGAUGCUGGUCUGGAAUUAACAUUCGAGAGGGCAAGGCCAUUUUCAUUUUGAAAAGGGCACACACACUUGAAAAUCUUAAAGUCUAUGUGGAACUUUUGAAGGGGCACCAAGGCCAUGCCCAGGGCAACAGAGGCCAAGGCCUCUGUGACCUCCGUCUAAAUCCAGGCCUGGGAUGUGAAUGUAGAAUUUGGUUCUGCUUUUCAUUGCUGUGGAUUAAAGUCGGUCGAGACUCAACUUCAAUAGAGCAACCAUGUUUGGGUGCUUCACUGACCUUAUACACCCGAUGUCAUCAGGAUGAAUCGUGGAUGUGCCAUUUUGGGGUUGGAGUGUCCAGUGUGUUUACGGUGCAGUGCACAGUCCAGGAGAUGAGCACAUUGUAAAACAAUUAGUGCAGACAAUAACCGCAUUGCCGUCAGCAAAGGGGUCUGUAUCAAGGCCCAAUUACAUGGAGCUGCUUAAAGGCAGUGGACACUAUUGGUAAUUACUCAAAAUACAUAUUUGAGUAACAUAA